CGCUGCCGCUGCCGGGCGCCGCCGCUGUCCCCGCUCGGCGCCGGCCGCGCUGCGCUGCGCCAUGAAGGCGAUCGUGCAGCGGGUGGCCCAGGCCAGCGUCACAGUGGGUGGUGAACAAAUCAGUUCAAUAGGACGAGGCCUCUGUGUGCUGCUGGGCAUUUCUUUGGAGGAUACACAAAGAGAGCUGGAGCACAUGGUUCGAAAGAUCUUGAACUUGCGAGUCUUUGAAGAUGAAAGUGGGAAGCACUGGUCCAAAAGUGUGAUGGAUAAACAGUAUGAAGUGUUGUGUGUGAGCCAAUUCACUCUCCAGUGCAUCCUGAAGGGAAACAAGCCUGACUAUCACAUGGCCAUGCCCACGGAGCAGGCAGAGUCUUUUUAUAACAACUUCCUAGAGCAGCUAAGAAAAGCCUACAAACCAGAGCUUAUUAAAGAUGGCAAGUUUGGUGCCUACAUGCAGGUCCACAUCCAGAACGAUGGUCCUGUAACAAUAGAACUGGAGUCCCCAGCAGCCACUGUUGAUCCUAAACAACUGACAAAACUUGAAAAACAGCAACAAAGAAAAGAGAAGACCAGAACCAAGGUGCCCUCUGAGUCAAGUAGAGAAAGAAAUGUCCCCAGAAACAAGGAUGACCCCAGUGCCAGCAGCGGAGCAGAAGGAGAUGUGUCCUCGGAAAGAGAGCCUUAGCUCAUCCAAGGCAGGCCUCAGUUUCUUACACAAAAGCUACACUGAAUUCUUGAAGAAAGAUCCAACAUUGGCCUCAGCAACACUCUUCAACCACUUUGGAGAAGGAUGGAAAAUGGGAAAGCAGAGCUGAGACAUUAGAAACCUUUCAUUCUGUAUUGAACCAACCAAAGCAAUGCUAUCAGAUUCAGUUGUUAAUGUGUAGUGUCAGUAGUGAAAAGGACUUGUGACAUUUCUGUGUUUGCGUUCUCACACGACUGCUGAGCAAAGGGUGGCUGUAGGCAGGUUGUAGCAGAGCAUUUCACUCUCAGUACAUAAGCUCCAUUUAAAGAAUAAAUCAGGGUUUUUCCUUAAACUUACACUUGAAUUCUGAAAAUUCUCUGAGCAGGCUUGUGUAUCGAUUCUCACUCCGUGGUGUCAUGUGCUACCUGUUUCCAUUGAAGUGUGCAGAUCUGUGCAUAUUUUGGUAAAUUGUUAGCUGCUGCCUAACUUCAGGUUAGGCAGUCCAGUCUUUCUGCAUGGGUUAAGUUAUUACAAGAGAAGAUCAGCCUCUGGUUAUUUUAUCAUGUGGAACACAUCUGUCUUGUAAACUUUUUUAAAACCAGAAAAAACUUUAUUAAACAAAUGAUGCCAGCUGA